AUGGCUAAUCUGCCGUCUCUUCUCCUUGGAUCUCUCAAUCCCUCAUCACGAAAAAAGGCAGAGCAGAGUCUCAAAAACCUUAGUUCUCAGCCAGAAUUUCUCUCUGCCCUUCUCCAGCUCGUGCUAGACCAGUCGCAGGAUCGCGCCGUCCGUCUUGCAGCAAGUAUCUAUCUGAAGAAUGUCAUAAAGUCAAGAUGGGAAGACGAGGAGCCACCCAUACCUGAGGCAGAAAAGGCAACGUUACGCGGUGAACUGAUUCCUGCCAUGAUCGCGCUAUCAAACGCGUCCGACAAGGCAAUGCGAGCACAAGUUGCAGAGUCUAUCUCAUUGAUUGCGAGUACCGACUUCCCCGAGCGGUGGACGGACCUGGUCGAUAAACUCGUAUAUUCUCUUUCUGAAACCAAUUAUGACGUGAAUAUUGGCGUUCUGGAGACCGCCCAUUCAAUAUUUCGACCAUGGCGCGCCGCAACGCGAUCCGAUGCUUUGUUCACGGUCAUCAACUAUGUCCUCUCUCGCUUUACUCGACCGUUCCUCCAACUCUUCCUGCAUUCAACCUCUCUUCUCUUCGCAAAUCCCCCACCUGCCAACCUCGCGCAGAUCGCGCAAGCAGAGGUGCUCCUGGCCGAUAUCUAUUAUGAUCUCACCUGCCAGGACCUGCCUCCGGACAUUGAGGAUUCACAUGUGCAAUUUUUUGGGCCCGAUAGCGGUCUAUUUGUUCAGCUUUUAGCUUGGGAACGUCCAGAGUUGCAGCAUGAUGCAGAAGACACAACGCCAUCGCUCCCAUCGCAGAUCAAGACGGGUAUUCUUGAAAUUGCUGAGCUUUACGUAAAAUUGUAUCCCGAGGUGCUGCAGAGCUCCGCGUCAGUACCAGCAAUUGUUCGACAGGUGUGGGAUUUAGUUGGGGGUGGCAAGCGGACCAGUGUUGCUGAUGAUGGACUCGUCUCGCAAUCACUGCGCUUUGUCUCGACUGCUAUUCGUACUGGGCACUACAAAGACUUGUUUGGCUCAAAAGAGAUCAUCUCCAACUUAGUUCAGGGCAUUGUUGUCCCAAAUGUUGGCUUACGAGAGCACGAAAUCGAGCAGUUCGAGGACGACCCAUUGGAAUAUAUCCGACUCGACUUGGCUGUCCCGUCGCUCGGCGGGGCUGGUGUCAGCACUGACGCGAUCACAAGGCGACAGGCUGCGGCCGAAGUUCUUCGAGCGUUGGUGUCGUCCGGAUUUGAAAGCGAGACUACCGAAGUUGCCGGUGCGUGGAUAGGGCAAGGCCUACAGGAAUACAACGCAAAUAAGGCCGACAACUGGCGUGCCAAGGAUUCAGCCAUAUAUCUGAUGACCGCUGUUGCGACACGUGGCAGUACGACACAACAUGGGGUGACGUCAAUAAAUGCUCUUGUCGACGUUGUCCAGUUCUUCUCGGAUCACGUAUUCCAGGACCUUCAGGCCGAUGCGGAUAGUGUCCAUCCUAUCCUCCAGGUGGAUGCAAUCCGAUUCCUUCACACAUUCCGAAACCAGCUUGUCAAGCCGCAACUUCUCUCCGUUCUGCCGCUUCUCGUGCGUCAUCUUGGCUCAGCCAACUACGUCUGUUAUACCUAUGCUGCGAUCAGUAUCGAACGAAUACUGUUCAUUAAACAAGGGAAUCAACUGCUGUUCACUCAGGCUGAUGUUCAUGAGAUUGCGCCUCCUUUGUUGGAUGCGUUGCUGACGAAGAUCGAGUCUGCGGGUACUCCCGAAAAGAUCGCCGAGAAUGACUAUCUGAUGAAAUGUGUUAUGCGCGUCAUCAUCACUGCUCGUUCAACAUUGGCAGCAGGAUAUGAGCGGACCCUUCAACGACUAGUCGCGAUUUUGGGUGUCAUCUCAAAGAAUCCUAGCAACCCUCUCUUCGAUCAGUACAUCUUCGAGACUCUAUCAGCCUUCAUGAGGUUUGUCGUUGGUGCCAAUUCCAGCACGCUGGCUACAUUCGAACAAGCUCUCUUUGGCCCAUUCACGAUCAUCCUUCAGCAAGAUAUUGACCAAUACAUUCCUUAUGUUUUCCAGGUUCUCGCUCAAAUGCUUGAGUUGCAUACUACGGACGUACCUGCGGAGUACCGAAGCCUCCUUCCGUUCCUCCUCACUCCUGCUGGUUGGCAACAAAAGGGCAGUAUUCCCGGAUUGGUCAAAUUGCUUAAGGCUUUCCUUGCCCGGGAUGCACAGCAGCUGGUUGCCACUGGCCAGUAUUCAGCCAUCCUGGCGGUCAUACAGCAGCGAUUGGUCCCGUCGAAACUCAAUGAUGCGUGGGGUUUCGAGCUACUGCAGUCUGUCGUCCAAUACAUUCCACCAUCCGAAUUACGACAAUACUUCCGUGCGAUCAUGGUUACUCUUCUGACUCGGAUGCAGACCAGCAAAACGGAUAAAUAUGUCUACCUUUUCGUCUACUUCAUUACAUUCAUGAUGGCCAUCAACGUUGAUGGACUAAACCCUGAUUACGUCAUAAGUGCUGUAGAAGAGAUCCAGCCACAACUGUGGUCUCAGAUUACUGUCAACUUCGUUGUCCCACAGGUUCCCAAACUGCUUCCGAAGGACCGCAAAGUGGCUGCCGUCGGCCUUACCCGGCUACUGACGCAGAGUACCCUUAUGCUUCAAGAGCCGUCGGUGCAAGCAUGGCCGGCAACCUUCGCCGUUCUCGCGAAGCUGUUCCAGGAACCCCAGCACCUAACGAAAAAAGAUGGGCAAGACGAUCCGGAUGCGGGACUCACCGCCAUUGAUUUCGAAGAGCAAAAUGCGGGCUACCAGGCAGCGUAUUCGCGCUUAGCAGCGUCAGAAACGGUCGCUGUUGACCCAGCAGCCUACGUACGCGAUCCUCGUGAAUUACUCGGACGGGAGCUGGUCAACCUUUCGCAAAAAGGUGCACCACUCAAAACGCUCGUGGGUGCGGCAGAUCCCACUGUGGUAGCACCGCUAAUGCAGUCAUUGGCGGCUGCUGGGUACACGGUGUAG